CGAGGGAGGGAGGAGAGGAAAGGAGAGGAGAGGAGAGGAGGGAGCUGCCGGCGGCACCGCCACCCGCCGGAGGCCGCUCGCCCGCACUCCUGCGGCAGAGGCGGGCAGCGGGCGCUCCGCGCCCCGCUCCUCCUCCCCCCUCCCCGAGCAGCUCGGCGGCCCCAGCCAAGAUGUCUCGGGAUCCCGGCCGUAGCCGCUGGCUGCUUUUGGCCGCUUGCGCCCUCGUCUUCUUCCUCCUCCCGCCGCUCCGCACCCGGGCUUUUGCUUUAAAUGUAGUUCUUGAAGAUGCAGAAGACAAGGCUGAAGUACCAGUGCUGCAGAAAUCUGAAAAACGUGGAACAGUGAGUAAAAGGAGCAAGGAACUGAAAGAAGUUAUCUUCGUCAUCCAGAGUCAAAGCAAUUCCUUUCAUUCCAAGAGAGCAGAAGAUCUAAAAAGAGAUAUUUUAAAACAGACUGCAGAUCUUGGAAAGGAAUUACCAACUGUGCUGCUUAUUCAUCAGAUGGACAGGCAUGAAGGUGCAUGGACCAUAUUACCACUAAUGAGAGAUUUCUCUGUUGCCUAUGGUAAGAACUCCUCGUGGAUUUUCUUCUGUGAAGAAGAUACAAGAAUACAAGUUGUAAAGCUGCUAGAAAUACUAAGAAGAUUUGACUCCUCUAAGGAGUGGUUUUUAGGUAAAGCAUUAUAUGAUGAAGAAUCUACAAUAAUUCACCACUAUGCCUUUGCUGAGAAUCCUACAGUCUUUAAAUUCCCAGACUUUGCUGCUGGUUGGGCACUUAGUAUUCCGCUUGUUAACAAGCUUGCAACUAAGUUGAAAAGUGAACCUCUGAAGUCAGACUUUACGAUAGAUUUAAAACACGAGAUUGCCCUGUAUAUUUGGCAGAAAGGGGAUGGGCCACAUCUUACUCCAGUGCCUGAAUUCUGUACCGAUGAUGUGAACUCAGAUAGGGUUGGUCAGUGUGUGACAACAUUCAGUAACUUUCUUCCACUUUGUGGAGAGCCAGUAAAAAAGGAAGAUGUCUUUGUUGCUGUAAAAACAUGUCGGAAAUUUCAUGGAGACAGAAUACCAGUUGUAAAGCAGACUUGGGAAAGAGAAGCUGCACUUAUUGAAUACUACAGUGAUUACAGAGACAUCUCCAUUCCCACUAUAGAUUUAGGCAUACCUAAUACUGAAAGAGGUCACUGUGGGAAAACUUUUGCCAUUUUGGAAAGGUAUUUGAAUAAUAGCUCUGCCAGAACCCCGUGGUUAGUCAUAGUGGAUGAUGACACACUGAUAAGUAUCUUCAGACUCCGAAAACUGCUCAGCUGCUACGACCCAAAUGAACCAGUAUUUCUUGGAGAGCGUUAUGGUUACGGCUUGGGAACAGGAGGAUACAGUUAUAUCACUGGAGGAGGAGGGAUGGUUUUCAGCAGGGCAGCUGUUCAGAGGCUGCUUGCUAGUAAGUGCCGGUGUUACAGCAUGGAUGCACCUGAUGAUAUGGUCCUGGGGAUGUGUUUCAGUGGCUUAGGAAUCCCUAUAACACACAGUCCUCUAUUCCAUCAGGCACGGCCAAUGGACUACCCCAAAGACUACCUUUCUCACCAGAUUCCAGUGUCAUUUCACAAACACUGGAAUAUUGAUCCAGUGAAGGUGUACUUCACAUGGCUGGCACCAAACACAGAAGAGGCACUGAAUGGAAAGAAAGUUGAGUUUAACCGGGAGGACUUAUAAGCAGGAGAAGAAUUAAAGUAUUGAUUAAUGUACUGCAGAUGAGGGGCAGUCACUACUGUGAUUUUUGUGUUGUUCUUAUACUGAUCAUCCUUUUAUGACAUAGCAGAUAAUGCUUUGUUCCCAUUACAUUUCUUCAGAGCAGGGGAUGAAGGCUUGUAAUCGACUUUUGGAUUCUUUUAUUAUGCUGGUUUCUUUUUAAAUAUCUUACAGCUUUAUCCAUCUGUGAACUUGCCACAUGUUCAAACCCAUACUACAACUUUGUCUGCAUUCUGUUUUGAUCUGUGAACGAUACAGCAUCCAUUUGCAUUCCCUUCUUUUGUUCUCGCAAAAGCUGCGGUUCUUUAUUUGGGAGCUUAAUAUCGAGCAUCUGUUAAAUACUGUUCCUGGUGUAUGAGAGAGGAGACAGGACUUUAUUUCUGUGCCCAGGAGCUGGACUGUUUGAAAGCAAUGAUCACAGAAUGAAUGACCUGGGUUGGAAGGGACCUCAAGGAUCAUGUAGUUCCAACCCCCCUGCCUGGCAGGGCCACCAAACAUACACAUUUACUAGAUCAGGUUGCCCAGGGCCCCGUCCAACCUGGUCUUGAACACCUCCAAGGACGGGGCAUGAUCCUUUGUGCUCGUUUGAAAAGGAAAUACUGUAGGUUCCUGGUGGACCAAGUGCGAGCUGCUCUGCACCUUUAAGUUAAUCAGCAUUUCUGAGGGAUGUCACCUACUAAAUAAAAGGUUAAGAACUGGGAUUUCUGAAGCGGCCACGGGAGGUCACUGUGGCUCCUUUAGAAACCUGAAUCGUGGUGUAACUCUUUGGCAAGUAUAAAUGGGACCGGGGGAUGUUUGAAGGACUAACGCUUCAGUAUUCCUGAUGUGUGCGUUUCCAUAGUAUAUGGGUGCCAGCUUUAAAAGGUUUGCAGCACUCCUAAUUUAUAUCACCAAGGUAAGAAAUGUGCUUACAAUAUGUAAAAAGUGAUUCAUAUUUAAUUGUUCUUCAUUGUUUUCUUUGAGUAAUUCAGUUUUGUAGAAACAUUUGUACAAAAAACUGGCUUUGGUGUGUUUUAAACUAAUUUUUAUACUGUAAAACUUCUAAGGGAACAGUAUAUGAGACUUGUAUGCUGUUACGUAACUUCACUUGCUAUAUUGUAACCAAAUACCGGGUCUUAAAGCCAUACUGCUGAGGUCAUUUGUGGUUUUGCUUUGGUUUUUGGUAGGUCAGAAAUUGAUUCUGUUCCAAAGUAAUGCAAUACUUGCUCUUGUGUGUCUAAAUAGGGGAGCCACUGAUUCCAGUAACCGAAGUUGUAGAAAUGCUUGUUUGUGAAUGUAGCCUGUGGAAUUUUAAGCAUUUGAAUAGCAAGCACAUAAUCAUAAUGGGUGGAAGUACUGAUUACGCAGGGGAAAUCCAUAUUAUGUAUUUUUUCCCUUUUUAAUUCCCACUACCAGUGCCUUAAAUGGUAGACAUUUUACUGAUCCCAGGGCUGUGUCCUCUGGCACCGUGGAUGUGUUGUUAAUUAUGUUUACUGUGUAGAACUGUGAGAGCUGAAGGCGGAAUAAAAGCGUUCUUCUCUUA